AUGCUCCCAAGUGCGAAUGUGCAGAGAGUGAUGCGUGAAGUAAUUCCUGUAAAUGGCAAGAUAGCGCAGGAUGCCAAGGAUUUCGUUCAGAUCUGUGUUUCAGAAUUUAUCACGCAAGUGACCGCCGAGGCUCAUGAGAAGUGCAAGCGAGAAGACAGGAAGGCGAUCACAGGGGACGAUAUCUUGUGGUCGAUCAACCAACUAGGUACAUCUCAUGACGAUCUCAUCUUGAGCGAGCAUGAUCGUAUCUCUCCAGGUUUCAUGCACUAUACUAAAGUUGUUCGAUGCUUCUUGCAAAGGUAG